AUGCCGAUUCAGUUGGUGUACGGCAAGUGGGAGUCGAGGGUGGAAAAGUGGACAAGCCGCGGAUUUCAUGAACUGGGUGAAACUGAGAAGAUAUUCUUCAUGCGACGAUGUGACUCGGAUCUCAUGUCAUUUUUGUUCUUUCUCUCCCAACUCAUCAUGACAACAACAAGCACUCCGUUCCAAAUUGUCAUUGUCGGAGGUGGCAUAGCUGGCCUCACGGCAGCUAUUGCCCUCCGGGGCCCCAGCAGGAAGAUUAUCGUACUCGAACAAUCACGGCUUAACAAGGAGAUUGGUGCUAUGAUUUCUCUCCAGCCAAACGCCACCAAGAUCGUUUAUAAAACUUGGGGUUUGGGGAAAGAACUGAGCACAUCUCGUGCAAUGGUGGAUCAGGGAUUCCGAGUGUAUUCAACUGAGGGGGAGCUGGUGAAUGAAGUCCCACUCACAACCAAAACAGAAUACGGCGCCAGUCGCGUCCUAUGGCAUCGAAAGGAUUUGCAUGACGCACUGAAACGAGCAGUGUUGAGCCCUUCGACUGUCGCAGGGGGUCUGGUGGAGAUUCGAGUCUCCUCUCGGGUGGUUCGCUGCGACCCUUGGGGCGGAGUGGUAACUCUUGAGAGUGGCGAGGAAAUCAGAGGAGAUAUUAUCAUUGGCGCUGACGGAAUGUAA